GGUGAACCGAAUUCGAUAACUCCUAGUUUUAGUAGAGUGAGAUGAUGAUGAUUCAGGCGGUUGAGGAUUUACAACGAUCGAUCGAAGGAAGAAGACGAUGAAGAUCUUCCACGUUCCUUGUCUAGAAGACAAUUACUCUUAUCUGAUUAUCGAUGAGAGCACCGGAGACGCGGCGGUUGUGGAUCCAGUUGAUCCGGAGAAGGUGAUCGCAUCAGCUGAGGAGCACCAGGUUAAGAUCAAGUUUGUACUCACCACGCAUCAUCACUGGGAUCAUGCUGGUGGAAACGAGAAGAUAAAGCUGUUGGUGCCUGGGAUCAAAGUAUAUGGAGGUUCUCUGGAUAAGGUGAAGGGAUGUACUGAUGCGGUUGAUGAUGGUGACAAGUUGUCUUUGGGUCAGGAUGUCAACAUUUUGGCUCUCCACACCCCUUGCCACACCAAGGGUCACAUUAGUUAUUAUGUGACUUGUAAAGAAGGAGAAAACCCUGCUGUAUUCACCGGAGAUACACUUGUAAUUGGUUACAUAAAGCUGAAUUAAGUGAUUUUGGACUUUUGUAAUGAUUCAGGUUGCAAUAGUGCGCUUUAGUCUGACCUUAAGUCAAUUCAAGCAAGAUUUUGUUGAUGAUUCAAUGAGACAAGGGAGAGGGUACUGCAAGCACAAAAAAGAAAUAGACUACUCUUCUAGUCAUUAGACUUAGGGAAAGCUUUUUCUUGUAACCACAACUGUGUAUGCACAUUAUGAAUCAGUUUGUAUGAAAUACACAAAAGCUUUGCUUU